ACCGCAUUUCAUCUUACCACUGGUACUAGCUUGACACUUGAAGCAAGGGACAACGCUCGCGUCUUGUUUUCCAUGGGCCUCUUGUUCCAUGCUUUUCGCGUUGGACCCUGGACUGGUAAAUGUGUAGUGCGUUCUAGUGUCGUGCUGCAGUCUUUUAGGCGUAGCAGUGCACAGUGUCGACGUCUCUCGAGCGUACGGGAAAUAGACAAUACCAAUGUCGCUCAUUCAAAGUUCAUUGCAGAGGCUAAACCAGGGUCUAGCUGGAACAAAGGCACUGCGGAUAUGUGCAAAAGUGGGGAUAUUUCGGAAGAUGACGACUUUCACAGCAUAAAAGAGGGAAAAGGAAAGUUAUCCCCUACGUCUUCUCACCUUUUCAAAUUCAUCCUUCCCCUUGGCCAAUUCGACAAACAUCCGGCAUCGACUAACAAGCACGGAGACACCAAGCCCCCACCUCCCAUGGUAAUACUGCUGCAUCCUUCCCAACCUCUUUCUCACGUCAGUAGACUGAUUCAAGGCUCGCUGGCGCCCGGAUAUACCAAUAUCUCUUUC